ACAGCUUUUACUGUGCUGAUCCAAAGAUCUGAGCUUUCUUUGUUGACAUCCUCAAAGUCCAAAUUAAACCUAGAUUUCCUCAUUUGAUCAUCGAGAAAUCCAUAUGCUCAAAAGUCGAUCUUUGAAUCAAAUUUUACCAUAAUUUUUGAAUUACCCUUGAAACAUUAUUGUUAUGGGAGCUGAAAAGAAAUGGUUUUUCAGUAUUCUUUCCCUUACAUUUUUCUCCGUUCUCUUCCUGGUAAUUUACUCGAUCUCAAAUUUCAGCUCCCCUAGACCUUUCCCUUCGCUAGUCCGACACGGCGUUCCUUAUCCACCGGCUUUUGGGUAUUAUAUAUUUGGCGGAAAAGGCGAUAAAGAUCAGGUCUUUAGGCUACUGCUUGCUAUCUAUCACCCCAGGAAUCGAUAUGUGUUGCAUCUUGGAGCUGAUGCCACCGAUGACGAACGGUAUAAUUUGGUUGUGGCUUUGAAAUCUGUUCCGGCUAUAAAGAACUUUGCAAAUGUAGAUGUUAUCGGGAAGCCCGAUCGGUUUUCGUAUAUGGGUUCUUCGUAUAUUGCUGCCACCUUGCAUGCUGCUGCUGUUUUGAUGAAGCUUGAUCGUGGCUGGGAUUGGUUUAUUUCUUUGAGUGCCUUGGAUUAUCCCUUGAUUACUCAAGACGAUUUGUCGCACGUGUUUUCCUCUGUCAGUAGGGACCUCAAUUUCAUUGAUCACACCAGUGACCUGGGGUGGAAAGAAGUUCAUCGGUUUCAGCCUAUUGUAGUUGACCCGGCUCUUUACCUCGCAAGGAGGACCAAAAUUUUUCAUGCUACGGAGAAAAGGCCAAUGCCGGAUGCUUUUAAAAUAUUCACAGGUUCACCGUGGGUCGUCUUAAGCAGAUCCUUUCUGGAAUUUUGCAUCUUUGGGUGGGAUAAUCUACCCAGGACACUUCUGAUGUAUUUCAACAAUGUUAUGUUAUCCGAAGAAAGCUAUUUCCAGUCUGUCAUUUGCAAUUCACCAGAGUUCAAGAACACUACCGUAAACGGUGAUUUAAGAUACAUGAUCUGGGACAAUCCCCCAAAGAUGGAACCCCAUUAUCUCAACAUUUCUGAUUAUGAACAAAUGGUUCAAAGUGGAGCAGCAUUUGCAAGAAUGUUUCGAGAGAACGAUCCCUUAUUGGACAUGGUUGAUGAAAAGAUCCUCAAGCGUGGGCGAAAGCGAGCUGCCCCGGGGUCGUGGUGCACCGGCCAGCAGAGCUGGUGGAGGGAUCCUUGCUCACAGUGGGGCGAUGUAAAUGUCGUGAAGCCCGGAUCUCAGGCAAAGAAGUUUGGUGAAACCGUAACGAACCUUUUGGAUGACUGGAAUUUACAGUCCAAUCAGUGCAAAUGAAACAGGUGAAUAAAUUACACUCACUGCGUUGACCUUUGCAUCUGAAUUUUGCACGAAAGGUUCAAAAGAACACCUUCAGAUGACAUUACAUUCUUUUGGUCUGUAUGUCUUUAUUCAUUUUGCGAUUUUGGUCGACGAUGUCGGCUUCAGGGGUAGUGUUUUAAUGGUGGAAAAAGCCGCACAGAGUCCUUAGUUAACAGGACUUUCCUCUUGAGCUGCCCAUUUGCAUGCUGUUGUAUGUUCUUCGGCACGUUGAAUUGAUGCUACAAACACAACUCAUUCAUUAAAAA